AUACACAAACAACUUUGUGACGUUCACACGUGUGUGAAUUUUUUUUUUGUAACCUCAUCAUUUGCGUGGAGAUCUCCUCAGUACUGUUAAGUUAAAAAGAUGUCAUCUUUCAAGAAGGCACAAAAGGCAGCUCAGAAAAGCCAUCGAGAAAGAUCUCAGCCUUCCAGUCGUGCCAAGUUUGGACUUUUAGAAAAGAAGAAAGAUUAUCAACUACGUGCAAGGGAUUAUCACAAGAAACAAGCUGCACUCAAGCGGCUUCGUCAGAAAGCACGAGAUAGGAACCCAGAUGAAUUCUAUUACAAGAUGAUCAGCACAAGGAUGAUUGAUGGAGUUCAUACCAGCGUGAAGAAAGACGAACCGACCACUGAAGAACAAGUGAAGAUGAUGGAAACGCAAGAUCUGAGAUACGUCAACCACAAGAUGACGGUUGAAUCAAAAAAAAUUGAGAAGCUGAAAUCCAGUCUUCAUAUGCUUGAAGAUAGAGAGGAGAAACCAAAGAACAAGCACACAUUUUUUGUUGACACUGUCAAAGAAGCAAAAGAAUUUGAUCCAGCUAAGCAUCUGAACACCCAUCCUGCCUUGCUCCAUCGAGCUCACAAUCGUCCUACACUGUCCAUGCUAUCUGACCCGUCACUGCUGAAGGCUUUAGCAGGAACCAGGUCAGGGGAAGGGACAUCUUCAGGCUUAGCGGAUGUUGGAAAAGAAAAGAAGAAGCGAUACCAUGAGCUCAGCCAGCGAAUUGAAAGGGAAAAACAACUCAACAUCAUUGCAGAGAAGAUGGAAGCAAAGAAAAAUUCUAAGGAUAAAUCUCGUAAGAAGCUUGUGAAGGAGGAGACACCCGAGUCGGCACCAGUCUACAAGUUCCACAUGAAACGGAAGAGAUGACACCCUCACAUUAUACUGUAUACACUGUACCUGUAAAUUAUUUCACUAAAACAGGAAAUAUCCUAUCAAAAGAACAUUCUCUGCAGUGAUGUCAAACUGACAUAUUAGUGUAAAGAAAAAUAUUCAGUUUGAACAGUGAAAGUUCUAAAGUAAUUAAUUAGGGCUCUUUUCCAACCAACAUUGACUAUUUAGACAUGGGAGGGAUGGGGAGAAGGGGUUGAGAAACAAUGAUUUUGCCCAUAAAGUGAGCAUGUAUAACAUAUCUGCAAAAAUCUAUGCAACAUUUGAGGCUUAUGUAGCCUUUAAUUCUAGGUUGAGGCAACAGCUUUUGGCAUUACUUAUGAGUCUGAUUGUGUUGCACGAAAUGUAAGUGAGUAGUCUGAUGCAAAAGAAUACAAACAGUGGCUGCAUGAGAGCGACUGACUUUACACUCCUGUCUUGAUUUAGAUGUUGUUUUUCGUAUGAAGAACCUGCACCAAAUACUGAUCGAUAAAAAGAAAACAAUACUAAAGCAAGGCGGGAGUGUAUAGAUGGUGGCUGCAUCAAACAACUUGCUUACGUUUACCUUAACAGCAAAGGUAUAGCUGCAGCUUCCACCUAGAUUACAGGCUUAGACUUUUGGGCAGACGUAGUUUAUGAGUUGUUAUAAUCCACAAUAUGAAGAGUAAUAUGGUGGUAUUUUGUCUAAAUAGUCACACAAAAAGUGAUAAAGAAAGACAAAGCAAAGUAUUAACUUUAUUGACCCUCAUUCAUACUUGCUAUAGAAAGAACCAUGUCCAUAAAGUAACAGUAUAACUGAUUUUCCAUGGAUAGCUGCCUUUGGCUGGCAUAAUGAUAUGAAUGGGGUACAAAUAGGAUAAGACCAGUUAUGAAAGAGCAAUUGGGCUAAUAAGAGAAAAUAACAUCAGACAGACCAGGUGCAAACUGCAUUUGAUUUUCAAUGUGGUAAUGACUGAUAUCAAAGAGGCAAUGGUUAAAGUUGUAAUUUAUGUUAUUCUAUCAUGCAUUACCUGAAUGUAGUAAUAAAAAUAAAUGCUUUAUUA